AUGAUUAGCUAUGUUGUAGAUCUCGAGAAGAGAGUAGAGGAGCUGGCCUCUAGAUUACGCUCGGCCGAGGCGCAGAUCGGGACAUCCCCUCAAACCUCUAGAUCAUUCAACCAACCUGUCGUGUCGGCAGCUAUCGACACAACGCCAUGCUCCCUGCCGCGGCCCGGAUCGACGCCUCAGAAAGUGGCAAGAUUGCCCGGCGACACACAAGAAGAGUCGGCCGAAAGUGCAGAUGACGAGAUCAACGAAUUGAACCACCAUACGAAUGGUAUCGAAUUCCAUGGUAGCACUUCCUCGGCCGCGAUCAUUGGCCAUUUAUCAAAAGCUCGAGAUCCAAAACCACACCAAGAACAAUAUCCGCCAGCGGCUAAUUCAUUAAUCUCAACGCUGCAUAACCCCAGCUUUUCACCGUCCACCGGACCUGGACUGCCGACAUCGAUUGAGCAUCACAACUACUAUUUCGACCAGGCUCAUGUGUUCAUGAACGGAUACUUUGAGAACAUUCACUUCAUCCACCCAUUCAUUGAUAAAGAGGAAUUUCUUCUGCGCGCAAAUGACCUUUGGUUCAACCGGACGCAAGCACCCGAGCCUAGUUUUGUGGCUCUAUACCUUAGUGUUCUUUCAUUUGGAGCACUGGUCCGCAUAUGGGACGAGGACAAGCUUGCUGGAAUGGGCCGUUUUGAGUGGAGCCGAAAGCUGUUUGGUGAGGCCCAGGCAUAUUUGAAUUAUCUGCGGUUCUCGAAUGAUCUGGAGACCGUACAGUGUCUCUACUUUAUGGCCAAAAUCUGCCAAAAUGAACUCAAUCCCAACCUGGCAUACAUGUACCUUGGCCUGGCGGUUCGUACAUGUCUUUCUGCCGGGUUCAACAGAGAAGUCCGCUCCCCCAAGGACCAACGUUCGAGCUGGAUCUCGAAGACUUGGUGGGGAAUAUUCUCGCUUGAAAUAGAAAUGAGCUUUUCCGUCGGGCGUCCCGAUACAUUGGGAAUGGACGAGUAUCACAACAGAGCCAUCCCAGACCGAGAUGACUCUGAAUAUGCUAUCAUUCCCUGGAUGAUUGAUUUUGCCCAGAUCAUCCGACGGGUAUCAGUCCAGAUCUACCAUUCUCGCAUCACACUACAGGAGAAGCUCCAAUUGGCUCUCCAGAUUGAGAUGGAGAUGGAUCGCUGGCUUGCAAGACUUCCCGAAAAGAUCAAACCCGAUAUUGGUGCCUAUCGGUUAUCUCGCAGCGCAUUACGUGACCCCAAAUGGGCCAGGAGACAGCGACUCGUUUUGGGUAUCCGAUACUAUAACGUGAAGAUGCUUCUUUUCAGACCAUUUUUGAGCCAUUUCACACGCAAACUACGGCAUCCCCCGAGCGAACUGGAGGAGACGAUUGCCAAAUGCCUCGAUUCAGCUAUGAAAACUAUUGAAGUGAUCCAUGAUAUCUACCGAGUACACACGUUUUUCCGAUGCUGGUGGUAUAACACGACCUACGUGAUGUUCGCUACCUCAACACUGCUUCUUCCCAUGUCCAAACUCGGCAUGUGCGCCGAGACCAUGCCGCUCCUGCGCUCUGUAGAAAUGGGCGUUGAGAUCCUGGAAGCGAUGGAGGAGUCUGUUGUGGCUCGGAAAUCCGUGGAGAUCAUUCGACAAUACCUGAGGGAUUUCCGAGCAUCGGGCGCCCAACAACCAGCAGCCGGCGAUGGCGACGGGGGUGAGGAGAUCCCCCCAACGUCGGAUACAACAGGGCCUGGCCAACCUGGAUUUGAAAUCCCCGAGUGGGCCUAUGGGUUCGGGUUCCCGGACUAUUCGUUUGAUGGGAUUGCGAGACUGUUCGAUGAUAUUGGUGUCAUCCUCUCGUUCUCGUAUGCGCAUUUGAAUGAGAAGGCGACGAUCGCCUCAAGUGGACUGGAAUACAACCAUGUGUUCCACAAACGCGACCCGAUCCUGGCCCCAAAAUCCCUAGAUGAAUUGCACCCUGCUGGCACCGCUCCGGUUAUGGAAGAUGACCCAUCCCCAGCAUCCAAAGUGAAGUUCGUGCUCGCCGAAUCGGGUGCCAUCGUCGACUAUCUGAUUGCAGUCCACGGCAACGGCCAUUUCGCUCUUACGCCCAAGGACGGCGCGGACUAUCCCCAUUAUCUGGAAUGA